CGGGAAGAGGGGGGGAUCCCGCACUAACGUACACAAUACCAGCCCCGACUGCCCGAGCACACGAGCGGCGCCACGGCGCUGUACUACCCGGAAUCACGUGGUAUCCUGCAAGACGUGUGAUAGACGGCCGGUGUCAUGUGUAGUCGAGGACCGAGUUGGACAGUAGGAUAAAAUAACAAGCUCAUAAUUUUCUGUUGAUAUAUGAGAAGAAAUGGAGACUUUAACAUUUCCUGAAUCAUUUGCUUGGGGAGCAGCAACUGCGGCCUAUCAGAUUGAAGGAGGAUGGGAUGCAGAUGGGAAAGGCCUCAAUAUCUGGGAUACGUUCACUCAUCAGGGAGGAGAUCGAGUUUUUAAGAACCAGACUGGAGAUGUAGCUUGUGGCAGCUACACACUGUGGGAAGAAGAUUUGAAAUGCAUCAAACAGCUUGGAUUGACUCAUUACCGCUUCUCUCUUUCCUGGUCACGUCUGUUACCUGAUGGGACGACAGGUUUUAUCAACCAGAAAGGGGUUGAUUAUUAUAACAAGUUGAUCAACAGUCUCCUUGCCAUGAAUGUAACUCCACUGGUGACGCUCUAUCAUUUUGACAUGCCUCAAGCCAUAGAGGAUCAAGGUGGAUGGAAAUCGGAGAAGACGACAGAGGUCUUUGAGCAAUAUGCAAAGUUUUGCUUCUCUACCUUUGGCGACAGAGUUAAAUUCUGGAUUACUAUUAAUGAGCCAAUUAUGGUUGCCAGGCUUGGCUAUGAGCUGGGCAUAAUUGCCCCAGGAAAAAAGGAACCAGGCUUUGGUGCAUAUCAGUCAGCUCACAACAUGAUCAUAGCCCAUGCCAAAGCAUGGCAUGCCUACACCACCAUUUUCAAAGAAAAGCAAAAAGGAUUUGUCUCCAUUGCUCUGAAUUCUGAUUGGGCAGAGCCUUUGGAUCCUAAUUCUAGAGAUGAUCAAGAAGCACGUGAGAGAUAUUUAAUGUUUGAGCUCGAUUGGUUUGCAAAGCCGAUCUUCGUUGAUGGGGAUUAUCCUGCAGUGAUGAAAUUGGAGAUUUCCAGAAAGAGUCAAGAACAAGGAUUGCUGACAUCUAGACUUCCAGAAUUCACAGAUGAAGAAAAAAACAUGAUAAGAGGCUCAGCCGAUUUCUUCUGCCUAAACUAUUAUACUACUCGAAAAGUCAAACCUCUCAAUGUAAAGCAAAGUGGACCAAGUUAUAGCUCCGACAUGGGAGCAGAAGGAAUAAAGGAUCCGGAAUGGGUUGAAGCUGGAGUGGAAUGGCUUGCUGUUGUUCCUUGGGGCAUACGUAAACUGUUGGCUUAUAUAAAGGACAAGUUUGGUGACCCAGAUAUCUACAUCACCGAGAAUGGAUUUGCUCAGAAUGACUCUCCAGUCCUCCAAGACACACACAGAUGGGGAUACUUUCAAGAAACUUUGGGAGAAGUUCUGAAAGCUAUCAAACAAGAUGAGGUGAAGGUUAGAGGUUAUUUUGCUUGGUCCCUACUUGACAACUUUGAAUGGAUUUCUGGCUACAGUGUUCGGUUUGGAUUGUUCCAUGUGGAUUUUAACCAGCCGAAUCUUCCAAGAACGCCGUACUUUUCUGCUAUUGAGUAUGCCAAAGUAGUAAAAGGAAAUGAAUUGAUUUAUAAGUAGAAUAUGUGCCAACUUCCUCUUAUUGUGAUGUUUUUGUUUUUUUGGAGAUACUGGAGAACACACUUGUGUCAUCUUCAAUGGAACAGUGUUUUUUCAGCUCUUUUUUACAUACUAAUUGAUUUCUAGCCUCCUGGCCCCUGCCGUAUGCAUGGAAAGUUACUUCAGACUUCAUGAACACGGCAGUCAGAUACCAGGUACCACUAACCAACUACAUUGCAAGGGGAAAAAAAGGGAAAAGAACCAAUAA